AUGGCCGUAUACAGCACAAACAGAUCUGGAACCAGGCUAAACCUGGUAACCCCUAGUAACAUCCAGGCUAAACCUGUAUCCCUGAUCAAGUUGCUUCUCACCUCCCUGAUCAAGGUGCUUCUCUCCUCCCUGAUCAAGGUGCCUCUCACCUUCCUGAUCAAGGUGCUUCUCACCUUCCUGAUCAAGGUGCUUCUGGCCUCCCUGAUCAAGGUUCUUCUCACCUUCCUGUACAAGGUGCUUCUGGCCUCCCUGAUCAAGGUGCUUCUCACCUCCCUGAUCAAGGUUCUUCUCACCUUCCUGUACAAGGUGCUUCUGGCCUCCCUGAUCAAGGUCCUUCUCUCCUCCCUGAUCAAGGUGCCUCUCACCUUCCUGAUCAAGGUGCUUCUCACCUUCCUGAUCAAGGUGCUUCUGGCCUCCCUGAUCAAGGUGCUUCUCACCUCCCUGAUCAAGGUUCUUCUCACCUUCCUGUACAAGGUGCUUCUGGCCUCCCUGAUCAAGGUGCUUCUCACCUUCCUGAUCAAGGUGCUUCUUGCCUCCCUGAUCAAGGUGCUUCUCACCUUCCUGAUCAAGGUGCUUCUUGCCUCCCUGAUCAAGGUGCUUCUCACCUUCCUGAUCAAGGUGCUUCUGGCCUCCCUGAUCAAGGUGCUUCUCACCUUCCUGAUCAAGGUGCUUCUGGCCUCCCUGAUCAAGGUCUGCCUGUCUGUCUCUUGCUUGUUCCGGUACAAUGGGCUAUCAUUCGUCUACCUCAUCUACCUCCUUCUUAUCCCUCUCUUCGCUGAGCCCACCAGCACAACCAUGCAGGGCCACACGGGGCGCCUGCUCAUGUCCCUGUGCUUCAGCAGUCUCAGCUUCCUGCUCUUCCACAUCAUCUAUCAGAUCACUGUCAACAGUCUACUGGCCGGGAACAACAUAGACCCCGCCUUCAACUGUUCAACGUGGGAGAAAUCUAUACGUCAGAUUGGUUUUGAAAGUGUGAUAGGUGCAGAUGCAGGAAACGGUAUCCGUGUGUUCCUCCCUGACAUAGGGAUGUUUUUAGCGGGGCUGGCCUGCUGGCUGCUGUGUCGUAGUCUGUUUCAGAAGAGACCGCCAGAGGACAUGGCCCAGGACAACACUGACUACGAACCGGAGGGAGAGGAGGAAGAGGAGAAGCUGAGCCCUGAUGACAACGUCCUGUUGGAUGAGGACUUUGAGGCUGGGUACGAGGCUGGAGAAGAGGAGGAGGAAGAGAUGGAGGAGGAAGAGGAGGAAGAUGAAGAGGAGGAGGAGGAGAGCAACAAGAUGAAGAUUCUGCGUCACAUUGCGGGCGUGGCGUCUAAAGUGAAGGAGAUCAUUGGGAAUCUGAUAACCACGGCAGGAAAAGUGGUGGUCACUAUACUGUUAGGACUCACAGGUAUCACGCUGCCUUCCCUGACGUCGGCAGUCUAUUUCUUCGUGUUCCUGUUCCUGUGUACGUGGUGGUCGUUCUGCCGCACCUUUGACACUCUCAUCUUCAGCUGUAUGUGUGUCCUCAUGGCCAUAUUCAGCGCUGGACACCUGGUUGUCCUCUACCUCUACCAGUUCCAGUUCUUCCAAGAGAGCAUCCCUCCAAAGGACAGCUACAUCAGUCUGUUCGGCAUCUCAUCCCUCAUCCAGACGGACUGCUCCUCUACAUGGAGGAUGAUAGUUAACCCUGAGCUGGCCUGGCACCACUUUGUUAACCCCAUUAUGCUGCUGCUGCUGUACUACACCCUGGCCACUCUCAUACGUCUCUGGCUCCAGGAAGAACCUAUAGAGGUAGGUAACAUCCUGGCCACUUUCAUACGCCUCUGGCUCCAGGAACCUAUAGAGGAACCUAUAGAGGUAGGUAACAUCCUGGCCACUUUCAUACGCCUCUGGCUUCAGGAACCUAUAGAGGAAGGUAACACCCUGGAGAAUGAAGAAGAGGAGGGAGAGGACGGAGAGGAAGAGGAGGAGGUGGUUGGGAACGGCACCGGGAACUCUGCGGACAAGAGGAGACAUCUGUGGUGGAAAGCAAACCAACGCACGGAGGAGAGAAACGGGUUGACUGCAAAGUCCAACGGGACGUCUUGUGACAUCUCCACCCUGAACACGGUGGAGAAUAGACCGGUCGGUCUGGACCUGUACUCCACCCCACAGUAUAAAAUGGAUCAAACCAAUAACAUUACAGAGAAGAAGAAUGGAAGUGUGUUUGAUGUCAGUCCAACCGUGGGAGGAGAGGCUGCUGGGAAGGAGGAGGAGGAGGAGGAGGCGGAACAGGAGGAGGAGGAGGAGGAGGGCAGAGUGAAUGCUGUUGUAACAGUGUUCAGGUUCAUUAUGAAGCAGAGCUAUAUCUGUGCUCUCAUAGCCAUGAUGGCGUGGAGCAUCACGUAUGUUAGCUGGCUGACGUUUGUGUUCCUGAUGUGGUCGUGUAUGUUGUGGAUGGUGAGAGAUCGUCGUCGUUACACCAUGCUAACCUCUCCCUUCAUGGUGCUCUAUGGGAACCUGCUCAUUGUUCUACAGUACAUCUGGAGCUUUGAGCUGCUGGAGCCCGUAACUGGACUCUUCCUCAAGAAGGACGUGCCUUUCAGUGAACUGGGAUCCAAGGUCCUGUGUCUGUUGAGCUUCUGGCUGCUUCUGAGACAGACUCUGACGGAGAGAAAGGACAAGCAGAGAGAGGAGGAUGCUGUACUCACUGACGUACAUGUGGAUAACCAACCCAAGAAGAAGGAUAACAUAGAUCUUCAGGUCUCAGGUUAUCACAGGAAUAACGUUAUAACAAAUGCUACAAUAUCCUGUUAUCUGCACUGCAGUUGUUUAUCAAGUAGAGCCAACUAUCUCCUCUCUGUGUGGCUAACCUUGUUUAUAGAGAAAGAGGAGGAUGAGGAAGGAGGGGAGCAGGACAUCAUGCAGGUUCUGGGGAACAUGGUGAUGGAGAUGCUGGUGAAAUACUGGAUCUACAUCUGUGGAGGAAUGUUCUUCUUCGUCAGCUUCGAGGGACGCAUGGUCAUGUACAAGAUCAUCUAUAUGAUGCUCUUCCUCUUCUGUGUGGCGCUCUAUCAGGUGCACUAUGAGUAUUGGAGGAGGAUCCUGAAAUACUUCUGGAUGUCUGUGGUGGUCUACACUAUGCUGGUCCUCAUCCUGGUCUACACCUUCCAGUUUGAUACCUCCCUACCCUUCUGGUCUAACAUGACUGGCAUGAGCAAAGAGAAACUGAAGGACCUGGGACUAGAACAGUUCUCCGUAUCGAUGCUCUUCACACGUAUCUUCAUCCCCACCUCCUUCCUCCUGGUGUGUAUCCUCCACCUUCACUACUUCCACGACCGCUUCCUGCUGCUCACUGAUCUGAAGGCUGUGGCCCAAAAACAGGACAGCACCAUCUACAGUCAUGCUAAAGUCAAUGGUCGCGUGUAUCUGAUCAUGAAUAGUGAAGAACAGAGUCUGACAGGACACAGUAGUGAAGAACAGAGUCUGACAGGACACAGUAGUGAAGAACAGAGUCUGACAGGACACAGUAGGGAAGAACAGAGUCUGACAGGACACAGUAGUGAAGAACAGAGUCUGACAGUACACAGUAGUGAAGAACAGAGUCUGACAGGACACAGUAGUGAAGAACAGAGUCUGACAGGACACAGUAGUGAAGAACAGAGUCUGACAGGACACAGUAGUGAAGAACAGAGUCUGACAGGACACAGUAGUGAAGAACAGAGUCUGACAGGACACAGUAGUGAAGAACAGAGUCUGACAGGACACAGUAGUGAAGAACAGAGUCUGACAGGACACAGUAGUGAAGAACAGAGUCUGACAGGACACAGUAGUGAAGAACAGAGUCUGACAGGACACAGUAGUGAAGAACAGAGUCUGACAGGACACAGUAGUGAAGAACAGAGUCUGACAGGACACAGUAGUGAAGAACAGAGUCUGACAGGACACAGUAGGGAAGAACAGAGUCUGACAGGACACAGUAGUGAAGAACAGAGUCUGACAGGACACAGUAGUGAAGAACAGAGUCUGACAGGACACAGUAGUGAAGAACAGAGUCUGACAGGACACAGUAGUGAAGAACAGAGUCUGACAGGACACAGUAGUGAAGAACAGAGUCUGACAGGACACAGUAGUGCAGAACAGAGUCUGACAGGACACAGUAGUGAAGAACAGAGUCUGACAGGACACAGUAGUGAAGAACAGAGUCUGACAGGACACAGUAGGGAAGAACAGAGUCUGACAGGACACAGUAGUGAAGAACAGAGUCUGACAGGACACAGUAGUGAAGAACAGAGUCUGACAGGACACAGUAGGGAAGAACAGAGUCUGACAGGACACAGUAGUGAAGAACAGAGUCUGACAGGACACAGUAGUGAAGAACAGAGUCUGACAGGACACAGUAGGGAAGAACAGAGUCUGACAGGACACAGUAGUGAAGAACAGAGUCUCACAGGACACAGUAGUGAAGAACAGAGUCUGACAGGACACAGUAGUGAAGAACAGAGUCUGACAGGACACAGUAGUGAAGAACAGAGUCUGACAGGACACAACCUAAAGAAUAAGUGGCACCUGGUGGUGGACCGUCUGACUGUGCUGUUCCUCAAGUUCCUGGAAUAUUUCCACAAGCUGCAGCUCUUCAUCUGGUGGCUCCUAGAGAUACACAUCAUCAAGAUCGUCUCUUCGUAUAUCAUACUGGUCUCUGUUAAGGAGGUGUCCUUGUUCAACUACGUAUUCAUGGCUUGCUGGGCCUUCGCUCUGCCCUUCAGUCAGUUCAGACCCCUAGCCUCCAGUAUCUGUACAGUCUGGACCUGUGUUAUCAUCGUCUGUAAGAUGUUGUACCAGCUGGAAUCUAUACAACCUGCCUCUUACUCCAAGAACUGCUCCAUGCCAAUGAACUACACAGAGAAACAGAGAGAGGAAAUGAAAGACUCUCUGCUGUACAAGGAGCCAGUAGACCCGUCCAACUGGGUCGGUCUCAACAAGUUCAACCCUCUACUGGAGAACCUCAGGAACAACCUGCUGAUGUUGGCCAUGCUGGCGUUUGAGGUGACCAUCUACCGUCACCAGCAGUACUACAGACUGAGGAACAAGCUCACCGCACCCGCUGCUCGCAUCAUCUUCCAUGACAUCACGCGGCAACACCUCGACAACGGCAUCAUCAACUGUGUCAAGUACUUCAUCAACUACUUCUUCUACAAGUUCGGGCUGGAGACGUGCUUCCUACUGGCGGUGAAUGUGAUUGGCCAGCGUAUGGACUUCUAUGCUAUGCUGCAUGCCUUCUCUCUGAUAGCCGUGAUGUACAGACGGAGAAGGAAAGCUAUAGCUGAGAUCUGGCCUAAAUACUGUUGUUUCCAGGCCUGUAUUCUAACCUGGCAGUACUUUGUGUGCAUCGGGAUACCACCUGCAGCUUGCAAAGACUACCCAUGGCGGUUCCCUAACUCUGCAAUGGACUCCAACGUCAUCAAGUGGCUAUAUUUCCCUGACUUCCACACCAAACCCAACCCAAUCUUUCUCGUCUAUGACUUCAUGCUCCUCCUCUGCGCCUCACUCCAGGGGAGUAUAUUUGAUGAGGAGAACAAGGCAGCCGUCCGUCUCAUGGCCGGAGACAACGUGGAGAUCUGUAGAGACCUCGACGCAGCCUCCUUCAGCGUUCACAACCCUGUGCCUGACUUCAUACACUGCAGAUCCUACCUGGACAUGCUGAAGGUGAUUAUGUUCAGCUACCUGUUCUGGUUCGUCCUCACCAUCAUCUUCAUCACCGGCACCACGCGUAUCAGCCUCUUCUGUUUGGGCUACCUGGUGGGAUGCUUCUACUUCCUGCUGUUCGGCGGGGAGCUGCUGCUCAAGCCAAUCAAAAAGAUCCUACACUACUGGGACUUCCUGAUCGCCUAUAACGUGUUUGUGAUCACCAUGAAGAAUAUCCUGUCUAUCCUGGCCUGUGGUUACAUCAACGUCCUGGUGGUCAAUAGCUGUUGGCUGAUCCAGCUCCUCAGUCUGGCCUGCACCAUCAAGGAGUACAAGAAGUGUGAUCUGCCCAAAGACGAGGCUGGGAUCAUCUGGGACAGUAUCUGUUUCGCCUUCCUGCUGUUGCAGAGGCGUGUCUUCAUGAGUUACUACUUCCUACAUGUGGUGGCUGACAUCAGGGCCUCACAGAUACUGGCCUCCAGAGGGGCUGAAUUGUUCCAGGCUACUAUAGUGAAGGCAGUCAGAGCCAGACUGGAGGAAGAGAACAAGUCUAUGGAACAGCUGAAGAGACAGAUGGACCGUAUAAAGCAGCGCCAGGAGAAGUUUAAGAGUGGGAAGAAAAAGAUGUUGAGCCUGGCUCAGGAAUCUGGGGACAGAGAGAACCCCAUCCAGCCACAGGAGUCAGGGGACAGAGAAGAGAAAGAGAAAGUGAAAGAAACAGCCAAGACUAAAAAAAGGCAGUGGUGGCGGCCUUGGGUUGACCACGCCUCCAUGGUGAGAAGUGGAGAUUAUUACUUGUUUGAAACUGACAGUGAAGAAGAGGAGGAAGAGGAGGAGAAAAGAGAGGAUCAAGAGCUGCCCAAGAAGUCAGCGUUUCAGCGAGCAAUUGGGAAGUUUGCCUCAGCCCUUAUAGCUCUGCCCAGAUCUAUCAUUAAACUGCCCAAAACCAUCCUUCAGUAUGUAAUCAGGGCAGCCAAGUUUGUCUACCAUGCCUGGAUAACAGACUCCAAGGCAGCCAUGAAGGAACGAAGCAAAGAGAAGCGUAAGUUCUGGAAGAGGUACACCAAGAGAGACAAACACAAGAAGGACAAGAAGAAAGGUCAUGUGACUAUAGAGAUGGAGGAAGAUCAGGAGGGAACACAGAAGAAGAAGUCUGACGGACCAGACAACAUCCUGAAGCGAGUGUUCAACAUCAUCAAGUUCACCUGGGUGUUGUUCCAGACCAUGGUGGAGAGCUUCACCAAGUGGAUGAACAACGUGUGUAGAGAACACAUAGACAUCUCCACCGUGCUGCGUAUUGAGAGAUGCAUGCUCACUAGAGAGGUCAAAAAGGGCAACGUCCCGUCCAGAGAGAGUAUCCACAUGUUCUACCAGAAGCAGAUGCGUAUGAGCAUGUCCCGGGGGUCCAGCCUGGACCGGCUCAGUGAGGAGGACAGUGCGUCGGGGGGGUCUCACAGGGUCCGCAGGAGGAGAGGCGACUAUCGCAUGGAGAGCCAGGACAGCAUGGCAUCUUUGGCAUCACGAGACAGCAUAUCCAGUGCCUACACUGAGGCCACCAUGCUGUUCUCCCGCCAAGACACGCUGGACGAGCUGGACGGAAUGCCGUCAGACGUUCACAUUCCCAAAACCAGUGAACGUGCCCGGCCAAAACUCCGUAAGAUUUACGGCCUGGACGCCUCCAAAUCAACUGACAGCAGCAGCAGCCAAGUGUCCAGUGAAACGACCCAGUGCAUCACUCUGUACUCCCGGCAGGGCACCACCGACACCAUCGAGGAGGUGGAGGACGAACAGGACCAGGGGGAAGACAGGCAGCACGGACCCUGGGGACACCCACCUCCGGAGGGGGCAGAGGGGGCUGAAGACAGCCCCUGGCGGGGUGGAGGAGAUGAUGGUGGUGGAGAGACCACAGAGGAGAGGGAGCGGUACCAGGGUCAGGGGGAUCCAUGGGGGUCUCCAGGCCCAGGGGAGGGCCCCUCCUUCAGGGUAGAGGAAGGAGCGUCAACCCUCCUGGCCCUCCAACAAGGAUCCCGACCAGGGUCCCAGGACUGUACCACUGACAGUGACGACGGGGGUGUCCAGGACCGGCAAGAAUACUUGAAUAGGGAAGAGCGUGACCGGGCGGGGCUGCUGUACACCCCAGACACGGACGCUCCAAACACCUCGGAUGCUGAUGUGCCUCCCAGCUACAGCAAGGCGGUGAGCUUUGACCGUCUGGAGGUGAGUGAGGAUGAGAGCGACAGGGACGAUAAUAGGAUGAUGGCGAUGACCCCAGACACCAGCCGGUCAGACUAUCUGGACGACCCCUUGCUGCCCUCGCUGACCACUGAGCUGACCGCCAGCGAACUGCUGCUCAACAAGAUGUUCCAUGAUGAGGAGCUAGAGCGGUCGGAGCGGUUCUAUGUGGGCCAGCCCCUGGUGCUCCAGUUGGUCUAUGCCCUGUAUAACAUGCUGGUGGCCCACUCUGAGAGUGUGUGUUACCUAGUCAUCAUCCUCAACAACAUGCUGUCAGCCUCCUGCGUCACGCUGGUCCUCCCUAUCCUCAUUUUCCUCUGGGCUAUGCUGUCCGUACCUAGACCCAGUAAGAGGUUCUGGAUGACUGCCAUCGUAUACACUGAGGUAAUGGACAGUACAUUAAGAUAUAUACUGCUACAGUAG